GGGCUGUAGACUGGGCUCCAAGUGGGUAGCUGGUUUGGGAAAAUGGGCUGAGAAGGAGGGCAAGGCAAGGGUUGAGGCCCAGGAAGGGACACUGGGAGCACUAAAGGGCUCUCACCCAGAGGUGACAGCCCGAGGGGUGGGAGGACCAGAAGGGUGACCUCAGGGAUGGUCUGGCCAUCCAGAUCUUUUAGGGCGCAUAGGGGCAACAUAUGGGGAGAAACAGCCCAGACUCUGUGCAUGGUUUCUGGUGGUUCAGGCUGCACAGGUCACUGUCCUGAGUCUGGACUGUGGGCUGUGGUUAGCAAGCUACAAGAGAUGUUGAUGUGAGGUCCAGGUGCCCCCAGAAUCAUCUUGGUACCACCAGCAGGCCCACAUUUUGGGAAUGUUGAAGGUGAGGAUGCUGGUCUGGGGGGUGGCUGGCACCCUGCUUGCUCAGAGCCUUAGGAACAGUUCAGUUUCUUCAGGAAUUUGGGGAUUUCUCUGUAGUGCUGUCGCCGUAUUGACCACAGGCUAUGAGGGAUGAAAAUGGCCAACCUUUUAGGCAGAGGGGACUUCCAGGUGAAGAAGGCAUAUAGGCAGAAGGCCCUCUCCUGCCACCCAGACAAAAAUCCGGAUAAUCCCAGAGCAGCUGAACUCUUCCACCAGCUUUCUCAGGCCUUGGAGGUACUGACUGAUGCUGCUGCCAGGGCUGCAUAUGACAAGGUCAGGAAAGCCAAGAAGCAGGCAGCAGAGAGGACCCAGAAACUUGAUGAGAAAAGGAAGAAAGUGAAGCUUGACCUGGAGGCCCGGGAGCGGCAGGCCCAGGCCCACGGCAGCGAGGAGGAGGAGGAGAGUCGGAGCGCCAGGACGCUAGAGCAAGAGAUCGAACGCCUGCGAGAAGAGGGUUCCCGGCAGCUGGAGGAACAGCAGAGGCUCAUCCAGGAGCAGAUACGCCAGGAACGGGAACAGAGGUUGAGAGGAAUGGCAGAAAAUCCUGAAAGCAAAGGAACUCCCAAGCUAAAGCUCAAGUGGAAGAGCAAAAAGGAGGCCGAGUCACAAGGUGGCUAUUCCAGAGACGUCCUCCUGCGGCUUUUUGAAAAGUAUGGAGAGGUGCUCAACCUGGUACUUUCCAGUAAGAAAGCAGGCACCGCCGUGGUGGAAUUUGCAACCGUCAAGGCUGCGGAGCUGGCUGUCCAGAAUGAAGUGGGCCUGAUCGAUAACCCUCUGAAGAUUUCCUGGUUGGAGGGACGGCCCCAGAACUUGAUGGGCCCCAACCACCCAGGACUGUCCCAGGGCUCAGUGCGGUCCGAGAGGGACUAUGAGAGCCUUGUCAUGAUGCGCAUGCGCCAGGCAGCUGAGCGGCAGCAGCUGAUCGCCCAGAUGCAGCAGGAGGACCAGGCGGGGCAGCCCACGUAGCCUUCUGCCUCCAGCCCACCCAUCCCACAGCCCUUUUCUUAAACAUCACCAAUAAACGUUUCUUUUCCUUUUUUUAA